GUGGCGCCGGCCCACGGCUGCGGUGCCCUUGUGCGUGUUGCGUGCGGCGUGCGAGUGUGUGGGAGCUGCAGGCAGUGCCUCGUCGACAUGGCAGGCGAUCGCGGGAGUGCUUCGUGCGCGCUGCGAACGUAACCUCAUCCAUGACGUCUGCCGUAGCCGCAGCCGCCGCCGCUGUCGCCGUCCGAGGGAACGCAAGAUGGAUGCUGCUUGUUCUGACCUGGAGCCGCCGCCCGUGUUCCGUGUUCCACCGCCUCCGCUACCACCGUUCUCUCAGUCAGAGGCGGGAUGCGACCUCACCUGGGAGGAGACCUGCCACCUGCUACAGGUGCUGCACUCUGGCUACAGUCUCCCUCUCAUCGUAGUUGUGGUCCUCUGCGUAUCUGCAUUCCUCAUAGUCGCAGGAGGAGCAGCAGCCACCGUAAUCUACUUCUACAAAUAUCGGCGGAAGAGACAGAGACACAGGUCGGCCGCCGGAGAGUACCGAGGAGUGGCAGCAGAAGUUCCGCUAAACAACCAAAGGCAGCUGGUACUGGGUGCGAAUGGUGACCACUACUCGAACCCUGGUGCUGCCGAGAAGCCUCCGCUGUUCCUCUGUUACGCUUCUGAGGAGCUCGAACUGUUCCACCCCGAGUACCAGGCACUGCCUAUCGCCACUCCAGGGGACUCCGCCAUCUACAGUGACUCGGAGAAGGAAACAGGAAAGGCAACUACAGAUGUGCACCAGACGUAGCUUAUAUUCGCUCCUGCCUGUGCAACGGCGGCACUGUGCUGAUGAUCAACUCAUUUCAUUAAGAGGUCGUUGAGAUGAGUUCAGAUUUUGUGGGGAAGAUGUAGUACAACACGGACGCUAAUGAUAAUCAAGAUCAUCUUUUCAGAUGCUUAAGCUCCAGUUACGUUACUAGUUGUAACUGCAAGUUGGGAUCAGACUUUCACUUGAGUGUGUUUCUCAACUUCUCUGAGGUCUUUGGUUCUCCGACUAUCAAUUUGACGAUAUCGAUUAAUAGUGUGUUUACCAAGUCACUUUCAGAAUGUUGAUUGACUUUGUUGAUUAAGUAUAGAAUAUGUGUGCCUAAUCUUUGCAGAUCAAGAAGACAGAAGGUUGAACUGAAACGUGAGAUUUUUUAAUUUCUAAUUGAGAGGACAUAUGCUUGCCUGAUUUCUGUUUUCUUGAAAUCAUGUAUCAAAGACAUUAGCAAAUGUGUAGCGUAUGUGCCUUCGCCGCUUUGUAGCGCUCGAAUUGCAAGCAAAUUUACUUAUUUUGUAUGUAUGUAAAUUAUUAAUAAAUGUUUUUGUUAUUUAUUUUUGUACAACUCAGUCUGUAUCUUUGAAAUCGUCCGUUUUACUAUUACGUAGUCAAGAAAAAGGAAAUACAAGAAAACGCUCUAUCUCUAAUUUGGA